GCAAAUUAGAAAGUCUGCGGGAAGCGAUGAGCAGAGAAGCAUGAAGGAUGAGUUUGAGCUGUAGGUCAGGGUAUACCCAGCUCUCAGUAUCCUAGUGACUCUGACACACAGCAUCUCCCUCCACACAGGAGUAUUUGUUUCACUGCAUCUCUCACCCACUCUGACUCUCCUGCUCUCUCUCCCUCUCCCUUUCUCCUCCUUUCCCUUCUCUGCCACUGCUGGUACCUCACUCUCUCCACUUGUUUUUUUUUUUACAACCUUUCCCCAUCUCCACAUUCUGAUCUCGAUCUCACUCUCUCUCUUUUUUUUUAAUCUGCACCCUCAUCUUCUCUCCUUAUUUUUCUUCCUUUCAUUCUUUCUCCGUGAACACAGAGGAAUGCAGUAUGUGUCAGGCUGUGGCUUUUUGGCUGUUGAUACUUUCGACUCUGCUCCGGGUGUCAGUGCAGGGUCCGCACCAGCGGUUCCUGCUCAGGGAGCUGUUGCGGGACUACAACCCCAUGGAGAGACCAGUGGCCAACGACUCUCAGGCUCUCACUGUUCAGUUCUCCUUCACUCUAAUGCAGGUCAUGGAUGUGGAUGAAAAGAACCAGAUCAUCACCACAAAUGCCUGGCUACAGAUGUGGUACGACCACUACCUCCAGUGGAACCAGUCAGAGUAUCCCGGAGUUAAGAACCUGCGUUUCACUGCUGACCAGGUCUGGACGCCUGACAUAUUGCUCUAUAACAGUGCUCAUGAUAAAUUUGAUGCCACCUUUAAGACCAAUGUGCUCGUUAACUCCAGUGGCUUCUGUGAGUAUCUGCCACCAGGAAUAUUCAUCAGCACAUGUAACGUGGAUGUGCGAUGGUUUCCAUUUGACAUCCAGCGCUGUGAACUGAAGUUUGGCUCUUGGACAUUUGAUGGCUGGCUGCUGGACCUCCAGAUGAAGGAGGCAGAUGUGUCAGGAUACAUGCCUAAUGGAGAGUGGGACCUGCUGGAGGUUCCUGGAGGCCGCCAUGAAGUUUUUUAUGACUGCUGUGCGGAGCCCUACCCAGAUGUUACCUUCGUGGUGACUUUACGAAGGAGGACCUUGUUUUAUGCUCUCAACCUCCUCAUCCCCUGUGUACUCCUCUCCUCCAUGACCCUGCUGGUCUUCCUGCUCCCUGCCAACUCGGGGGAGAAGAUCAGCCUGGGCAUCACGGUGCUGCUUUCUCUGACUGUCUUCAUGCUGAUGGUUGCAGAGAUUAUGCCCGCCACUUCAGAUUCUGUACCCCUUAUAGGUCAGUACUUUGCCAGCACCAUGGUGAUUGUUGGGAUGUCAGUCGUAGCCACAGUCAUCGUCCUUCAGUUCCAUCAUCACAACCCCAACAAUGGGCACAUGCCACGUUGGGUGCACUUGGUUCUGCUGCAGUGGGUUCCUUGGUUCCUGCGGAUGAAGCGUCCAGGAGAGGGAGCAGAGCCAACUCUUUCCAGCAUCCAGAUAGACUCUCAAAGCAAGACCCUGUCCUCUCCCACCACCACCACUACCACCACCACCAUCCACACGCCAGUGCCCUCCACCCUCCCCCAGAGCCUCAACUCCCUGCAGUCCAGCCUGGCUCAACUCAACCAUCCUCUGUCACACCCGCUGCCCCAUCGGCCAAACCCUCAGGCCGUUAUCCAUCCUAAUCCCAGCCACAGAGAUCCCAGCUCCAAUCCACAUCCACAACCCAAUGGUCAUCUGAUUUACAUGGGCUUCCAGACCUUCCAGACCACUGCAGAGCUAGAGCCAGUUCAGAGGAACAGAACCACAAGUUAUAGGAAGGUUAACAGUGGUGUGGGAGAAGGAGAGGCAGCAGCAGCAGCAGCAGCAGCAGCAGCAGCAGGAGGAGGACCGGCUGGAGAUACACCUAUCCAUCACCACCCCCCAUCUUCCAAAUUUGGGAGCACUUUACAGGAAACCCCUGUGUCCCCAGACCCUGACCCAUCGACCGCGGGAGGUGGAGGAGUGAGAUCAGCUGCCAUACAUACCCACAGCGGUGUGAUUCGAUCUGUGGCAGUAGACAGCCAGCUGCAGGCUCUUCUGGUGGAGGUACAGUUUUUAGUUGAACGCGUUAGAGAGCAGGACCGGCAGCUCAGUUUAGCAGAGCAGUGGCAGUUUGCUGCAGCUGUUAUCGACCGCCUGUUCCUGGUGGGAUUCAGUGUUUUCAACAUCAUCUGUACUAUAGCAAUUCUCAUGGCUGCACCCAACUUUGGGGAAGCGCUGUCAAAAGACUUCCUCUGACAGACCAAAAACAGAGAUUUCAAAGAGUGGGAGAUGCUGAGGAACAAUACAGAUAAUUAUUUGCUGGAAGCACAACUGCUGUUAACGAUACUGGGACCUACAACAGCAGAUAUUUCCUUUUCAGUAAGCUGGGAAUGAACUGCGACACAAGUGGACUGGACAAUGAUGACAAUUUUUUCUCUCAAUUUGAAAUAAGUUAGUCAUUUUUCAUGUCCAGAUAUACCUGAUCAGAUUUUUAUUGGCAUUCUUCUUUGCAGCAUUUUCUGUUGAAGUUUGACUGGUGUAUUUUUACCAAAAGAGCUCCAGUCGCCAGGAUGAUGUAAAAACAAUCAUCUCAAGCCUUGAUCAUUUUGGUGAAUUGUAUUU